AUGGUCAGCACAAGAUCCCAAGGUCAAGAAUUAGUACCCUUUGAUCCUGAGAUAGAAAAAACGUUCCGAGAGCUCUGUCACAUCAACCAACGAGCAUUUGAUACUGAUUUAAAGUCUGACACAGAGUCAAUGGCAACCAACACUAAGCCCUUGAAGGAGUAUUCACAGCCCACAAUUUUAGAAGAGCCUUCAUGUAUCACAUUUCCUGAAAUUGAUGAUGUUUCGUUUGAGCUGAAAUCCGGUACCAUUGGUCUUCUUCCUUCGUUCUAUGGUAAAUCAAAUGAAGAUCCCAACAUUCAUAUUAAGGAUUUUUACAUAGCUUGUGGUACGGUUCAUAUCAAGGGAGUUUCACAAGAAAUAGUGCGUCUGAGAUUGUUCCCCUUCACUCUCAAAGACAAGGCCAAGUCAUGGUUCACCUCUCUUCCUGCUGGAUCCAUCACAUCAUGGGAAGAACUUGCUCAAAAAUUCAUGCUGAAAUUUUUCCCUGCCACAAAAACAUUGCUACUUAGGAAGGAAAUCACGAACUUUGAACAAAAGCCUCAAGAAUCUUUUCAUGAUAGAAACAAUGUUGAUGUGGCGUGUGGAGGAGCUCUGAGUGAGAAAGAUCCUAAGGAGUGCUUCAAAACUUUUGAGAGAGUUGCUGCCAAUUCUAUGCAAUGGGGCGAUGACAGAUUCACAAGGAAGAUUACUGUGCAUAGUGUCGAUACAAAUCCUGGAUUCGCUUCAGCAUCUCAAGUAUCCAACUUGGAAAAGAAGCUUGAAAAUUUCAUGCAGUCAAUGACCAAAUUUGUUUCUCCUUCCUCUGUGUGUGCUAUUUGCUCUGAUAAUUCUCAUCCAACUAAUAAUUGCCCUUUGAGUGAUCUUACGCAGGAGCAGGCUAAUCAAAUAAAUUCAUUUCAAAAGCCACGACAUGAUCCCUACUCCAACACCUAUAACCCGGGAUGGAAGAACCACCCCAAUUUCUCAUGGAGCAACAACAAUCCGUCUGAGCAGCGCAUUUAUCCUCAGCAAAAACCUGUCAAUCCGAAUGAACCAAGAGAACCAACUUUGAAGGAGAUUAUGACUCAAUUUAUUCAGACUCAACAACAAACAAACAAUAACCUUCAAGCUGGUUAUCAAAAUUGUCAUGCUGCAAUUCAGAAAUUGGAAGUCCAAGUGAGCCAAAUUGCAAACAUAGUCAAUGAGAGGGAGAAAGGCAAGUUACCUAGCCAACCUGAAAUCAAUCCAAGAGGCCAGGAGCACAUUAAGGCGAUAAAAACAUUAAGGAGUGGGCGAACUUAUGAGGCUAGACCUGAAGAUGUUUCUAAGGCUGAAACAGAGGGAAAACAAGCUGCUGAAAUGGAGUUAGACGUGGAAGACAUGAAUACACUUCAGCCACACCCUGUCCCUGCCACAACGGAUGUUACAGAGGCCCCUACAGCAGCUAUUGAGCCUACCAAAGAACCUACAGCAGCUACCCCUUCCAAGGAGCGAAUAUAUGUGCCUCAAGUUCCUUUUCCGCAAAGACUACAGAAGCACAAGAGAGAUCAACAAACAAUGGAUAUUCCGGAAUUGUUUAGAAAGGUUCAAAUAAAUAUUCCAUUGUUGGAUGCAGUGAAGCAAAUCCCAGCUUAUGCUAAGUUCCUCAAGGAUGUUUGCACAAACAAGCGAAAGUUUGCUACACAUGAGAAAGUGAUGUUGUCCGAGGAAUGCAGUGCAGUUCUCCUUAAGAAAUUGCCACCAAAACUUAAGGAUCCAGGGAGUUUUACAAUUUCUUGCAUUAUUGGAAAUUUACAUAUUGAAAAGGCUUUAAUUGAUUUGGGUGCAAGUAUUAACUUAAUGCCUUAUUCUGUAUUUCAGCAGCUAGGCAUUGGAGAGAUCAAACCAACUUUUGUGAGCUUGCAACUGGCUGAUAGGUCUAUCAAAUAUCCACUUGGAAUCGUUGAAGAUAUACUAAUCAAAGUGGAUCAAUUUGUUCUUCCAGCAGAUUUUAUCAUCCUUGACAUGGAGGAAGACAGAGAAGUUCCCAUCAUUAUGGGACGUCCUUUUAUGGCUACUGCUGGCACCAUUAUUGAUGUGAAGAAAGGUUUAUUGUCUAUGACUGUGCAAGGCCAAACUGUUGAGUUCAAGGUGUUUGAAGCCAUUAAGAAACCUGUGGAGAUGGAUGAGUGUUUUUGUGUAGAUGUCGUUGAUACUAUUGCCCACACCACUUUCCUAGCUAAUGUAAACGAGGAUGAACUUCUCACAUGCCUAGCUAACCCGGAGCUAAGAUCAGAUUCUAAUGAGGCCCAACAGCUUGUAGCAGCUUUGGAUUUGACACCUAUUCAGUUCCUAAGGUGGCGUCACACAUAUGAGCCACUAGGGACACCUAGCGCACCUAUCUUGCCUUCCGUUGAGAUACCUCCAAAGCUGGAGCUCAAGCCAUUGCCUGAACACUUGAAAUAUGCCUUUCUGGGAGAAUCCGAUACACUUCCUGUGAUCAUUGCUUCUGAUUUGACUGUUACCGAGGAAGAAAAGCUUUUGCGGGUUUUGAGAGAGUACAAAACAGCUUUAGGAUGGACCAUAGCUGACAUUAAAGGCAUUAGUCCAUCCAUGUGCAUGCAUCGAAUUUUACUAGAGGAUGGUUCUAAGGCUACCAUUGAUGCGCAAAGAAGAUUGAAUCCUAACAUGAAGGAGGUAGUCCGAGGUGAAGUUUUAAAACUUCUUGAUGUAGGUGUGAUCUAUCCCAUCUCUAACAGCAAGUGGGUUAGUCCAGUUCAAGUCGUCCCCAAGAAGUCUGGAAUCACAGUGGUUCAGAAUGAAAACAAUGAACUCGUGCCUACAAGAAUGACCACAGGAUGGAGAGUCUGUAUAGACUACAGGAAGUUGAAUUCAUCUACUAGAAAAGAUCAUUUUCCCUUGCCUUUUAUUGAUCAAAUGUUAGAAAGAUUAGCUGGUCACUCACAUUACUGUUUUCUUGAUGGCUAUUCAGGUUAUAAUCAGAUUCCCAUUGCCCCUGAGGAUCAAGAGAAGACGACAUUUACCUGCCCCUUUGGGACGUUUGCUUAUAGGAGGAUGCCUUUUGGCUUGUGCAACGCACCUGCGACCUUUCAACGAUGCAUGAUGAGUAUAUUCUCUGAUAUGGUUGAGAGAAUAAUUGAGGUUUUUAUGGAUGAUUUUUCUGUUUUUGGAGAUUCAUUUGAUACUUGUCUGUUUAACCUCAAACUGGUGUUGGAAAGGUGCACGGACACUAACCUUGUUUUAAAUUGGGAGAAAUGUCAUUUUAUGGUACAACAGGGUAUUGUGCUAGGCCAUUCAGUCUCUAGUAAAGGCAUUUCUGUUGAUAAAGCAAAGAUAGACAUCAUUGCUAAAUUGCCGCCACCAACCUCAGUGAAGGGUGUGAGAUCUUUUCUUGGCCAUGCCGGGUUCUACAGGCGUUUCAUCAAGGACUUCUCCAAAAUCAGUCGUCCCUUGUGCAACCUGCUCGCCAAAGACGCCAUUUUUGAGUUUGAUGAUUCAUGUUUACUUGCUUUUAACAAUUUAAAAAAGCUUCUUACUUCUGCUCCUAUUAUCACAGCUCCAGAUUGGAGUUUCCCUUUUGAACUGAUGUGUGAUGCUUCUGACUAUGCAAUAGGUGCUGUUCUUGGUCAACGAAAGGAAAAGCUUUUACACGUGAUUCAUUAUGCAAGUAGAACAUUGAAUGAUGCACAACUCAAUUACUCAACCACUGAGAAGGAAUUGCUUGCCAUAAUCUUUGCUUUGGAGAAGUUUAGAUCUUAUCUUGUUGGAUCUAAAGUCAUAGUGUAUUCUGACCAUGCUGCUCUGAAGUACCUAAUGACAAAGAAGGAUGCCAAACCCAGACUCAUUCGAUGGAUUUUGUUGCUACAAGAGUUUGACUUAGAGAUUCGAGACAAGAAAGGCUCCGAAAAUGUGGUAGCAGAUCACUUGUCAAGGCUCACACCGAGCCACAAAGAGGAAGUGUUGCCCCUGAAUGAGUCAUUUCCGGAUGAACAACUAUUUUCUGUACAGCAUGGAGUCCCCUGGUAUGCAGACAUUGUGAAUUAUUUGGUUAGUGGAAUUAUUCCAGCUGAUUCUAACUCUCAGCAAAAGAAGAAGUUCCUGUCCAUGGUCAAAUUUUAUUUUUGGGAUGAACCAUACUUGUAUAAGCAUUGCCCUGAUCAAAUUAUCCGAAGAUGUUUACCGGAGAAUGAGCAACAGAGCAUUCUGAAUUUUUCUCAUAGUUAUGCAUGUGGUGGACAUUUUGGUCCCAAACGGACAGCUGAUAAAAUUUUGCAAAGUGGUUUCUUUUGGCCAACUUUGUUUAAGGAUGCCUACAAGUAUUGUGCAGCUUGUGAUCGAUGUCAAAGAGUUGGUAAUAUUUCCAAAAAGAAUGAGAUGCCACUUCAAAGUAUUCUUGUGGUUGAACUCUUUGAUGUCUGGGGUAUUGACUUUAUGGGCCCUUUUCCGUCAUCCUAUAGCAACAAAUAUAUAUUAGUGGCUGUAGAUUAUGUGUCAAAAUGGGUUGAAGCUAUGGCGUGUCCCACUGCUGAUGCUGCUGUUGUUAUGCGUUUUCUAAAAGGAUUCAUCUUCUCACGGUUUGGCAUUCCAAGAGUGAUCAUCAGUGAUGGAGGGAAGCACUUCAUCAACAGAGCAUUUGACAAGCUUAUGGCUAAAUAUCAUAUCCAUCAUAGAGUCUCUGCACCUUAUCAUCCUCAGAUCAGUGGCCAAGUUGAGGUUUCUAAUAGAGAAAUCAAGAGAAUCUUAGAGAAAACAGUCAGUGCUUCAAGGAAGGAUUGGUCUCUGCAGCUAAACGAUGCAUUGUGGGCUUAUCGGACAGCUUACAAAACACCUAUAGGCAUGUCACCAUUUCGAUUGGUGUAUGGGAAAGCAUGCCACUUGCCUAUGGAGUUGGAACAUAAAGCAUAUUGGGCUAUCAAGAAGCUCAAUUUUGACAUACAGGCUGCUGGUGCGAAACGGAAGCUACAACUUAAUGAACUCGAGGAGCUAAGACAUGAGGCUUAUGAGAAUGCAAGGAUAUAUAAAGAAAAGACCAAAAAGUUGCAUGAUCAAGCUAUUUCCAGGAAGACAUUCGUGACGGGAGAGAAAGUGUUACUUUAUAACUCCAAACUUCGACUCUUUCCAGGCAAAUUGCGUUCAAGAUGGACAGGCCCCUUCCUCGUCACUCAAGUUUCUCCUCAUGGUGCUGUAGAGAUUCAGAAUAUGUCAACUGGGACCCAAUUCAAAGUGAAUGGUCAUCGCCUCAAGCAUUAUCUAGAAUCUCACUUUGAUCCUCAAGAGGAACAAGUCGAACACAUCCCAGCAAGUUUAAGGAGUCUUUUUCAAUGUGUUGGCACUCCUCAUUUGGACCGCAAAGCAAGGGAAGGCAACAAGUUGCAGUUCGAGACUCCACAACCUGUAGUUAUAAGUAUUUUCCAGGGAGUAGGAUUCACGGCUUGA